CUGCAUACUUGGAUUUUGGCAGGUUUGCAGAAGCUGAAGGUCGGGUUUGGGUAUAAAAACAGGAGGUCUGCUCUGUUUUCACUGCAGAAACAUUGUGACACACUGCAGACAUGCUCAAGCUUCUCGUGCUGACGACUCUGACAGCUGUGGUGCUGGCUGAGCUGGAGCCCCAGCCCAGGUACAUUGAGGAUAUCUUUGAAGAAAGGGUCGUGGGAGGUGAGGUGGCCAACCCCAACUCCUGGCCUUGGCAGAUCUCACUCCAGUAUAGAUCUGGUAGCAAAUACUACCACACAUGUGGAGGAACUCUGGUUAGGAAAGGCUGGGUUAUGACUGCUGCUCACUGUGUCGACAGUCCCAGAACUUGGCAAGUCGUUCUUGGUGAACAUGACCUCUACAGUCACAGUGGCAGAGAGCAGAUCAAGAAAGUCAGCAGUGUGUUCAUCCACCCCAAAUGGGAUCCCAGCAAACUGUCAACUGGGUUUGACAUUGCUCUGCUGCUCUUGGAAUCUGAAGCCACACUUAACUCCUACGUCCAGCUGGGGUCCCUGCCUCCCUCCGGACAGAUUUUGCCCCACAACAACCCCUGCUACAUCACCGGAUGGGGCCGCACCUCCACUGGUGGUAGCCUCUCUGCCAAACUGAAGCAGGCCUAUCUUCCUGUGGUUGGCUAUCAGACAUGUUCCCAACCAGACUGGUGGGGAAGCACAGUCAAGACCAAUAUGGUGUGUGCCGGAGGCGGUGCAGAGUCUGGAUGCAAUGGGGACUCUGGUGGACCCCUGAACUGCCAAGUUAAUGGAAAAUACUAUGUCCAUGGUAUUGCCAGCUUUGUGUCUACUCUUGGAUGCAACGCUCCCAAGAAGCCCACAGUCUUCACUCGAGUCUCUGCCUACAUCGAGUGGAUGAACUCGAUCAUGAACUGAGCAGUGGAUUUCCUUUGCAGCAUGCAGAGACUGAGAUGUGAUUUUACCACCUUUUCUUCUGCUGUUCUUUCUGGUCACAUUCUCC